AUGCUUCCAGUCCCUGCUCCAAGCCCAAGCAGACGACCGGCAGGUGCUCCAGAGCCUGGUCCAGCCAACCAGUACUCCAGCAGCGGCCCCCUUGGCCACUGCCACCAUGCACCACAUCACAAAGAUGGGGCCGCAGGACGACCCCCAGAAGCAUUCAUUGAACUUUUUGAGCAUGCCAUGGAAGCGUGCGUCCCCAAAUUGACAAGAGAGCAGCACUGCCCAAGAUGCAAGACCAAGAAGGAGCCGGACAUGUUGGACAGGGGGUUGGGGGCCGUGUUGUCCCAAGAAGUGGAGUUGGCAGUAGGCCGGACGACUUCCCAGCCUGAGUCAGGUGGUGAGGGUAUGUGGAAGUGGGGGUGUGGUCCAGUGCUGGUUUGUGAAUGGAGGGUGGAGCCGGAGAAGAUGACUGGCGAGUAUCUGAGACAGGAGAGUGAGAGACCAUCCGGUCCUUCUACAGAUAAAGAUCUCUCUACAAAGAUCUCCUUCUGCGAUCAUCUCACAGCUUCUGCUGAACUUCAACACCAAUUUCCAGCAGCGUGUGGUAGAAUUCUGCUCUCGAUCACCUCACGCACUCCUCACACACUCCUCACACACACUCCUCCACUGUGUGUCAGGAUGAAGUUCCUCACUCUGGUGCUCCUGCUCUCUGCUUUCUCCUCGCUGACCCUGACAGAGGUUGUCAAUUCUUUGAGUUCUUUUAAAGAACAUUGUCCUUCAUUCUUCAUCCGGAACCCAGAAAAUCAAAAUGACAUCAUCAUUCCCACUAUCUUCCCUGAAGAUCAGUAUCGCAUGAUUUGUCAGCGCUGGAAAAACAAAUACAGAUUUGCCACCGUGUAUGACACUAAGAGGAGGAUCCCUGUUUACUCGGCCUACACGUUCUUACAGAAAGGGAAGACUACACGCAGCAAAGUAUGGAAAAUUGAACCUCAGCUUGAAAAUAUCAAAGAAUAUGAAGAAAAGAAAGAGAUGAUGGAUUCCCCGAGAGAUGAGAAAACUGUGAGAAAGAUAAUUAACCAGGCUGUGAACUCAGAUUAUUCAAACAGUAGUUAUACUCGAGGUCACGUGUUUCCACGUAGUUUUGCUGCUGAUCGGGAUCAAGCAGAUUCCACCUUCACUUUAACCAACAUAGCACCACAAACAAACUAUAGCAACUGGGAGUGGGAAAAAAAAGUGGAGACACCGAUGCUUACAGAAAUACAAAGAAAUUGCAGGCUAGACCAAAAUCACCAGGUGUACAUUGUGACUGGGGUCGUUCCAGGGAAUAAAUGGUUACCCCUAAAAGGUAAAGAAAGAGAGAAGAAAGAAGGAAUUAACAUUCCCAGUCAUUUUUGGAGCGCUUUCUGUUGCACUAAUAAAACUGAUCAUGGGAAAUUUAUAUCGAGGGCCUACAUCGCUAAGCAAGAGAACUUUAAUGUCCAAACUACCACCACUGACUUUAAUGUCCAAACUACCACCACUGACUUUAAUGUCCAAACUACCACCACUGACUUUAAUGUCCGAACUACCACCACUGACUUUAAUGUCCGAACUACCACCACUGACUUUAAUGUCCAACCUACCACCACUGACUUUAAUGUCCAACCUUCCACCACUGACUUUAAUGUCCAACCUUCCACCACUGACUUUAAUGUCCAAACUUCCACCACUGACUUUAAUGUCCAACCUUCCAUCACUGACUUUAAUGCCCAAACUUCCACCACUGACUUUAAUGUCCAAACUACCACCACAGACUUUAAUGUCCAAACUACCACCAUUGACAACCUGAAUAAACAGCUCACUGAGUUGUAUGGUCAGGAUUUCAGUGUGUUUCCAGGAUUAAAGUUGAGAAAAUAGAGCCUUCUUUCUAACCGGAAAUUCUCUAUUUAAAUCUAAAAAUCACAUAAAAACAGCUUCAUUCAAUUAAUGCUAAUUAACACAUAUGCAACAAGAAACAUAAAAAUACUCUAUUAUAUUAUUACAUCUCAUCUUCUGAUGCAUUUUUAUCCAUACCAAAUCAAAAUGUUUAUUUACGGCUGCUUAUGAAUAUGAAGAGGUUUACGACAUGUCAGAUGGAAAAUAUAUCUUUGUCAUUAUUUACAUUAAUCUUUAUUUCAUCUGGAUUACUGAGAAUAAUAGAUGUAUUCUGGAGCACGAGCUAGGCUAGGUAGUUAGCCUUUACCAGCUACCACUCUAAGAGCGUUGUUAUGGUUACAGUGUUCAUGUUGGAUUUCAUCUUCUCCAUCAGCACAAAAGGAGGAACAGGCAGCGAUUUUCCUGUUACAAAAGUGUAAAAGCAGCGUAAAGGACACUUUGUUGACCUUCAUUUUUCCUGGAACACUUUCCUGUACACUCAUGCAAAAAGCUUUUUAAUCAACAUUGUUAGAUUUGCUACUUUUGCAAUAAAAGCUACUUUUAAACAAUAUGCAAAUAUUAUGUUCAAAAUAAUUAAAUCAAUUAAAUAAUUAAAUCUCUCUGUUAAUUAUCCUGCAGAUCUUCAAUAAAACUUUACUGUUUGCAGUGAAAGUGGA